GGAACUGGAAACUUUUGGAUUCGCGUUAUUUUAUGAUAAGGGCGACCUCUUCUUUAACCUUUCUCAUUGCAAAGAACCAAUUUAUGAAGGUGACAUAGUUUAUGACUCUAAUGAUAAGUUUCAUGGAACAACUUGGGUAAAUGGAAUUGUUCCAUAUAUAUUCGAUCCUUUCUUGUCUGCUAACAUCAGUGGCACUGUUAAGAAAGCGAUGGAAAGGAUUGAAAGCGUGUCUUCAGUAAAAUUUGUGGAGAGAACAAACGAACAAGAUUAUAUCAAAAUUGUUAGUAAAGAAGGAAGCUAUUCUUGCGUUGGUAGGCAAUGUAAGGGUGAACAGGAGUUAUCGAUAGCUGCUGGCGAUGCUAAUUCGAUAGGCAUUGCUAUGCAUGAACUGAUGCAUGUACUUGGAGUUUUCCAUGAGCACUCCCGCCCGGACCGUGACAAUUUUUUGACUGUUACAAAUUUUCCAGAUGAUAUCAAUUUUGUAAAAAUCCCGGAUAAUAAGGCGGUGUGUCAUGGUGCUUACGACUUGGAAUCCAUAAUGCAUUACGAACCAGGUGUAUACAACAAUCAAAAAAUCGAAUUGAAACCGGGAAUAAUGUCAAAGAGGAUAGGUCAACGUGAAAGGUUAAGUCAAGGUGAUAUAGACGGGCUCAAUAAGCUUUACCCUCCUCGUUCAGAGCGUUCCAUGUGGGGAUUUUGGAAACGCUGA